UUAACAAAAUGCUGACAAAUCUUGGAGGUCUCUUGAUAAUGCUUCUUAUGAUCUGUAACGUCUAUCAACCUGUGUCAGGAGGGACACUGUCAGACGCACGGACCAAGCUUGACUCCCUAAAGUCCUUGAUCUACAGUAAUGCUAAGGCUACAGUUACUCUGGACUCUACAGCUCUGAAGGAACUGAUCAAACUCUCAACAUCAGGUUUAUCAAAACCAACCAGGAGAGUCAGUUUCUCCGUUUAUUUAAAAGCGAAAGAUCUUUCUGUUGAAAAAGGGCGGAUUGUGAAAUACGAUGCGAUUCUGACAAACGAUGGUAAUGGAUAUGAUGAUAAAACAGGAGUAUUCGUGUGUCCAGUUGCGGGAACUUACAUGUUCGUUGUUGAUACGCUCUGCCAUGUAGAUAUUUGGCUUGCUAUAAAGGUAAACAAGAAAGCUGUAGCAAAUGUGCAUAGAAGAAUUAAUGAUGAGAAAAUCUGGGUUCAGCUGAGCAGAACUGUGAUAGUAAAAUUGAAGCGUGGCGACCAUGUCAAGGUCGAAAAUACAGGUCCAAGCAUUAAAAUAGAUCACGGUGGAUACUCUGGAUUUACAGGAACACUGGUCUACUAACAGAGAAGAACAUCAGAGAAAAGAAAAGAUACAGCCAUAAUAACUCAAAU